AUGAUUCGAAUCAUGGCCUUGGAAACUGCCAUCGACGCUGGCCUGGACGAGAACGAGUUCUCCGCAAGCUGGUCGUGGCUGAAAGGUUUCAAGAAGCGCUAUCGGCUCUCUAUUCGGGCGCGAACGCGAUGUGGUCAAGACACUCAAGCGGACGGCGAGGCAGCUUUGGCGACUCAUUUGCAAUGCGGCCAAACGGGAGUUAACUACGAGUACCUGCCCACGAAGACUUUGAACGACCGCGGCGCGAGCACAAUUUGGAUCAAGUGUGGCGGCAAGUCCAAGGAACGAGCGACAGCCAUGGUCAUGGCUGACACGACUGGAAAGAAGUACCCGAUGUUCCUGGUUUUGAAGACGGCAGCAUCAAAGGUCAAGAAGGUGGUCCAAGAGAACAAUGCCGUACGUCAAGGAUUUGGGAAGACUGUGUGGAAGCACGUCGAGCCAUUAUAA